CUAGCCCUGCUAAUCUCUUGUUGUUUUGUUUUGCAGCCUAUCUUUUUAUUAGAAGAUUUGUGCAAGCCAGCAUCCAGUGAUGUAAAAGAACAAGAAAGUGGCAGAAAUACUUCAGAUACAUAGUUUCAGCAGUGUGAGACAUAAUGCAGCACACAACAUUGACAGAAUCAUUACUUGUCGAGUUACAGUACCUAGUACAGGUGUCGCUUGUUUUAUGUUGUUAUAUCUGAACAAAGCAUAUCAGCAGUGUACUAGUAACCUGCCACAUGAACUACUAGCUAUUGAAAUCUGAACAAAGUAUAUCAGCAGUGUACUAGUAACCUGCCACAUGAACUACUAGCUAUUACAUCUGAACAAAGUAUAUCAGCAGUGUACUAGUAACCUGCCACAUGAACUACUAGCUGUUACAUCUGAACAAAUUAUAUCAACAGUGUAAUGUUACAUGAACUACCAAUUGUUACAAAUCAAACAAUGGGUAGUGUUUCUACACAGAAUUGCCACAAUAGACAAGAGUCACAUUCUUCCUUUACCCCAGCAAACAAGUGUGACACUAGAACUUAUUUAAACUAAAUCACCUAUGUGUUAAGACAAGUUCCCCAUUGUCUCACUUUUGUUAGAGUAAAUUUUUGUAAAUUUAAUCUUGGUGAAGCAUUGUUUCACUAUUGGGAAACUAUAUCAGUUUUCUGUGUACAAAAAUAUGAAACAAAAUCUUCAUAUAGAACUGUUAAGAGCUUAUGUAAGAAAAGCUGUACAGACCAUACCAGUUUAGUAUUUGCUACUGAAUAUAAAAAUAAUUAUAUUGAAGAGAUUAUAUCAUUAGAAAGUAUAUAAAUGAUGUAAAAAAUGCAAAUUGAGCAUGUUAAUAUGUGCUUUGUGGAUUCAAAAUUGUGAAAUAUGUAAUAGGUGUGUUGUAUAAAGUAAAUUAUUAAAUAUAAUUUAUUGAAUUUGACUUUGUGGACUUUAUGUUAAAAACUGUAUGAGUUUACAUGUUUAUUAACAGUUGUAAUAGCUUUCAUUACAGCUUUCUUAUUCUGCUGUGCCUUUCCUCUAAAUUCUUUUUAAUAAACAUAUUUGUAGAGAUAAGAAGAGAACUAAAGGUCAUGGUGCCUUGUCUUCAGUAUUUGAUGUAACUUAAUUUUUUAUUUUCCAUUUAUAGUACUUAACUACCUCAUCUUGUAAUGUAUUCUAAUAUUCUACUACUCUUUGCAGGGAAUAUCUUAAUAAUACUAUCUUAGAUUAUAGCUGUGACCUUUUCUUCUGUUGAUGGUGUUUGGAAAUAUUCCCUAGCAAAUAUUUCAUACCCUCAUAUAGUCUUAUCUGUUUGUCAGGGUUCGUGUUUGGAAAGUGAUGGUAGCACGAAUACAUUUGUUGAUUGUUGUGGAGUGGAUAUGAUGGUAUUUGUGGCAGAGCCCAGCCUAUCACAUCUGCCUGUCUCCUAAGUUUGGUUGUAAGUGAGGCAGUGGCCUCUGAGGCACAGCCCAUGUGUGUAGUUCAAUAGGGGGUCACGUGACUAAGGCUUGGCAAGGGAGCCUGCCUAUAAAUAGUACUAGGAUAUUUAUAUAUAUAUAUAUAUCCAUAAAACAGUGCCUAACGCGUCAGUCUGGAAUUUUACGACUCACCACGAGUUUAGUCCCCACCCAUAGCAUGGUUUAUAUAAUUAUAUAUUCUACAAAAGUAUUGCACUGUUGACAUGUUAUUAUCAUGCAUACUCUGUUCCUGUUUUCAUCCUCUCUUAAUAUAUAAGAUUUCAGAUGUGAGCCAUUUUAUAGCUCAUCUUGCAUUUUUCUCUUCAAGUAUUUUCAGUAUAUAAAAUUUUGGUCUAAAGUCUUUUUAAGGGAUCUUCCCCAUUGACACUUUCCAUUCACUUUGAGAAAUUUCAAAGAUUUUUCAGGGAGGACUCCUUUGUUAUCUUGAACAUUCUUAUAAGAUCUAUGAUAUUGUUGUGUUUGCUACUGUCACUUUUUUCCUUGUAAACAUCCUCAGAUAGUUUCUUCUCUAUUUUUUUUUUAAUAUAUAACAGUCAUGUUAUCUACAGUUAAUCAGUUUUGAGAACUUUAUUCUUGUCUCACUUGUAUGUACAGAUUGGCCAAUUAUUUUCUUUAUCCUUAUUUCUUUGUAUUUUAUCUUUCACACUUGGUUUGCUUCAUAGAAACAUGAACAGACACUUUUGUUCCAUGGUUUUCUUCUGAUAUUUUUCACCUGAUGUACAUUCCACAUCUCUUAUGCAGCACUUAAUAAGGCUUUUCAGUAACCCUACUACUUUUUAAUAAAUAAAUAUAUAAAUAAUCAUGAGCAGUCUCACAGACAAGAAACAGCAACUGAACGCCCUCUCAAGAUUUCAUAACAUAGAGAAACCAUAUCAGUGUUCAGAGUGUCUAAAGACCUUUACACAAAAAUCACAUCUAACAGAGCACCUGAGAGUUCAUACCAGACAAAAGCUAUAUCAGUGUCCAGUGUGCCUAAAGGCCUUUGCACGAAAAUCAUCUCUAACAAACCACCUGAGAGUUCAUACUGGAGAGAAACCAUAUCAGUGUUCAGUGUGUCUGAAAGCCUUUAUAAAUAAAACAGAUCUAACAGAGCACCUGAGAGCUCAUACUGGAGAGAAACCAUAUCAGUGUAUAGUGUGUCUAAAGGGCUUUACUCAAAAAUCACAUUUAAAAGAUCACCUGAGAGUUCAUACUGGAGAGAAACCAUAUCAGUGUUCAGAGUGUAUGAAGGCCUUUACAGAGAAAUCAUCUCUAACAAACCAUCUGAGAGUUCAUACUGGAGAGAAACCAUAUCAGUGUUUAGAGUGUUCUAAAGCCUUUACAGAAAAAUCAUCUCUAACAAACCAUAUGAGAGUUCAUACUGGAGAGAAACCCUAUCAGUGUUCAGAGUGUAUGAAGACCUUUACAGAAAAAUCAUCUCUAACAAGCCAUCUGAGAGUUCAUUCUGGAGAGAAACCAUAUAAAUGUUCAGUGUGUCUUAAGACUUUCACACAAAAAUCAAAUCUGAUAAAGCACAUGAUAGUUCAUUCUGGUGAAAAACCAUAUCAGUGUUUAGAGUGUCUUAAGACUUUCACACAAAAAUCAAAUCUAAUUAAUCACCAGAGAAUUCAUACUGGAGAGAAACCUUAUCAGUGCUCAGAGUGUCUGAAGACCUUUACACAAAACUCACAUCUAACAAGGCAUCUGAGAGUUCAUACUGGAGAGAAACCGUAUCAGAGUGUCUAAAGUCCUUUACAGACAAUUUAUUUUGGUUGCUGCACAGAGUAAAUUGAGGUAGAACCCUCAUACCCAUCGAUUCAGUUUCUGCAGUUUCAGUUAUCUGCUGUUUACCCUGGCCCAAAAAUAUUAAAUGGCAAAUUCCAGCAAUAAACGAUUCAUAAGUUUCAAAUUGCAUGCUACUGUGAGUAACUUGGUGAAACCUUCCCACUCCAUCAUGCUCAGUACAUGACUUUUCUCUCUUUGUUUUCUGUACCCAUGCUGGCCUGCUUUACUAGUAUCCACUUAGCCUCUAGUGUUCUUCCUCUUUGCAUUCAUUUCUGCAUCAUUGCAAUGUUGCUGUGAAAGUACCCCAUAAUUUUGCUUAAUAAUGACUCCAAAGAGCAUAAGUAGUGAUGUUGGCAGCUGUUCUUUGUAAUGUCUUAUUGCUUAAUUUAUCAGUUAAUUCUUUUGGGCCACAGUAAACUGUGGAAACCUAUUCCACGGAUAGAGGGGUUCUACUGUAUAUACAGCAGCCCCCUCCAUAUUCAUUAGCGAUGUGUUCCAAGACCUACCAUGUAUACCCGAAACUACAGGGUUCCCUACUCCCUAUGAUAAAUUGUAAUUGAUAAAUUAUGCACAAUAAGACAUUACCAACAUUAAAUAAUAAGAAUAAUAAUAAAAUACAUUGUAUAUUAUUAUACUUGUUAGGUAAAAGGACACAAGUACAACUAAUAUGACAUUUUAUUGUGGCAACGUUUCACUUUCUAGUAGCUGUGUCAAGUUCCUGGAGAGAGAAACGUUGCCACAAUAAAAUGUCACAUUAGUUGCACUCGUGUCCUUUUGCCUAAUGUAUUGUCAGUAAUUCUACCAACAUUAAUAUAUUAUUAUACUUGAGCUCUCUCUCACACACAGCUUUAAUACAUUUUUUUUUUCAACAAGUCGGCCGUCUCCCACCGAGGCAGGGUGACCCAAAAAGAAAGAAAAUCCUCAAAUUACCUCACUCACACAUAAUAACUGUUUUUACAGAGGUGCCCAGAAUACAACAGUUUAGAAGUAUAUAUAAGAACAUAAGAACGAAGGAACACUGCAGCAGGCCUACUGGCCCAUGCGAGGCAGGUCCAAGUCUCCUACUGGCUUAAGCCAAUGCACCCAACCCAGUCAGGUCAGGUCACAUUGACUUAAGGGAGGAACACGGCAACCGACCUGGUAGCACAAGCUAUCAGGUCCAACUCACACCCACCCACAUCCACUCAUGUAUUUAUCCAACCUAUUUUUAAAGCUACACAACGUUCUGGCCUCUAUCACUGUACUUGGGAGUUUGUUCCACUCAUCCACAACUCUAUUACCAAACCAUUACUUUCCUAUAUCCUUCCUGAAUCUGAAUUUUUCCAACUUAAAACCAUUGCUGCGAGUCCUGUCUAGGCUAGAUAUUUUCAGCACACUAUUUACAUCCCCUUUAUUUAUUCCUGCCUUCCAUUUAUACACCUCAAUCAUAUCCCCCCUAAUUCUAUGUCUUUCUAGAGAGUACAGAUUCAGGGCCCUUAGUCUAUCUUCAUAGGGAAGGUUUCUGAUACAUGGGAUCAACUUUGUCAUCCUCCUUUGUACAUUUUCCAGAGCAUUUAUAUCCAUUCUGUAAUACGGUGACCAAAACUGUGCAGCAUAAUCUAAAUGAGGCCUAACCAAGGAUGUAUAGAGUUGAAGAACAACCUGAGGACUCCUAUUAUUUAUGCUUCUUGAUAUGAAGCCAAGGAUUCUAUUAGCUUUAUUGCGAACACUUAUGCACUGUUGUCUUGGUUUCAGAUUACUGCUAACCAGAACUCCUAAAUCUUUUUCGCAAUCCGUAAUAUUAAGAUCUACAUUAUUUAGUUUAUAUGUGGCAUGGUUAUUGUCCUGUCCAACAUUUAGAACUUUGCAUUUGUCUAUAUUAAACUGCAUCUGCCACUUCUCCGACCACUGCAUCAGUCUAUUCUAAUCUUCCUGGAGUGCUCUAAUGUCCUCGUCAGAAUGAAUUUGAUGGCCUAUUUUGGUGUCAUCGGCAAACUUGCUGAUGUCGCUCUUUAUGCCCUCAUCUAUGUCGUUUAUGUAGAUUGUGAACAGCAGGGGGCCCAACACUGACCCCUGUGGAACACCGCUCGUGACGCUUCCCCACUCUGAUUUCUCCCCAUUUAUGCAAACUCUCUGCUGUCUAUUUGUCAACCAUGCCUCUAUCCAGGAAAAAAUUUCUCCUCCUAUUCCAUGUGCCUUAAUUUUCCUCAAUAGUCUCUGAUGUGGGACCCUGUCAAAAGCCUUACUGAAAUCCAUAUACACAAUAUCAUAUUCAUUACCAUGAUCUACCUCCUCAAAUACCUUAGUGAGCAAAGCUAAUAAAUUCGUAAAACCAUGCUGAGAUUCUUUGAUUAAUUUAUGCUUUUCAAGGUGGCUACAAACUGCCUCGGCAAUUAUUGACUCCAUAAAUUUUCCCACUAUGGAGGUUAGGCUUAUUGGUCUAUAGUUCAAAGCUAAGGACCUGUCACGUGCUUUGAAAAUAGGUAUCACAUUUGCUAUUUUCCACUUACCUGGCACCAUGCCAGUUUGUAGUGAUAUGUUAGCCCUUGUGGCUUAGCGCUUCUUUUUGAUUUGAUUAUAAUAAUAAUGUAGUGAUAUGUUGAAAAGAUUAGCCAAAGGUUUGCUAAACUCCUCUUUACAUUCCUUUAGAACCCUUGCAUACAGUUCAUCAGGGCCUGGGGAUUUGUUAGGUUUUAAUUUAUCUAUUUGCCUAAGGACCAUGUCACUUGUGACCCUAAUCGUGCACAGUUUAUUAUUGUCCUGUUCUACAUAAUUUAUCAUUUCUGGAAUAUCGCUGGUAUCCUCCUGUGCAAAACUGAGAGGAAGUAUGUGUUAAAAAUUCUACACAUUUCCUUAUCACUGUCAGUGAGCUGACCCGAGGAACUUUUGAGUGGGCGUAUCUUGUCCCUGAUCUUACUUCUGUAUACCUGAAAGAAUCCUUUUGGGUUAGUCUUCGAUUCUCUUGCAACUUUAACCUCAUAAUCUCUUUUUGCUUUUCUAAUUCCCUUUUUUUAUUUCUCUCUUUAACUGAAUAUUUUGAUUUCUUAAUUACCCCUCUCCUCUUUUGAUUUGCCUAUAUAUGCCUCUCUUUUGACCAAUCAGAUAUUUUAAUCUAUUGUUCAUCCAUUUAGGAUCAUUUUUAUUUGAUCUGAUUUCCCUAUUUGGAACAUAAUUUGACUGAGCAGCUAGAACUAUGCCCUGGAAAGCGUCAAUAUCCCAAACCCCUUCUUUAGAGUGCAGGCAUUGUACUUCCCAUUUCCUUAAAAAAUAUUUUAGCCUAUUGUGUGUACUUCCAGUCUUCCUGUUAGGCUAUGAUGUGAUGAUACAAUUCCUAUGAUGGUGAGAUAAAGUGAGGUGAUGGUGUAGGCAUUGUAACAUUGUGUUAGUCUGUUGACCUGGUGAAAAGUCAGUAGUAGACAUGGUUCGUUUUUCAACCUUUUGGAAAAGCAUUGUGAUAGGAAGUUGUCAUGUUCAGCUCAUCAAACAGUUGCCAGAGAGGUUCUAAAGCUUCAAAGCAAAAAAGAAUAAAAAUUUUUUUUUAUUAACACAUUGGCCAAUACCCACCAAGGCAGGGUGGCCCGAAAAAGAAAAACUUUCAUCAUUUACUCCAUCACUGUCUUGCCAGAAGGGCGCUUUACACUACAGUUAUAAAACUGCAACAUUAACACCCCUCCUUCAGAGUGUAGACACUGUACUUCCCAUCUCCAGGACUCUAAGUCCGGCCUGCCGGUUUCCCUGAAUCCUCUCAUAAAUGUUACUUUGCUCACACUCCAACAGCACGUCAAGUACUAAAAACCAUUUGUCUCCAUUCACUCCUAUCAAGUACACUCAUGCACGCUUGCUGGAAGUCCAAGCCCCUCGCACACUAAACCUCCUUUACUCUCUCCCUCCAACCCUUCCUAGGCUGACCCCUACCCUGCCUUCCCUCCACUACAGAUUUAUACACUCUCAAAGUCAUUCUGUUUUGUUCCAUUCUCUCUACAUGUCCGAACCUCCUCAACAACCCCUCCUCAGCCCUCUGGAUAAUAGUUUUGGUAAUCCCACACCUUCUCCUAAUUUCCGAACUACGAAUUCUCUGCAUUAUAUUCACACCACACACUACCCUCAGACAUGACAUCUCCACUGCCUCCAGCCUUCUCCUCGUUGCAACAUUCAUCACCCAUGCUUCACACCCAUACAAGAGUGUUGGUACAACUAUACUCUCAUAUAUUUCCUUUUUUGCUUCCAUGGACAAAGUUCUUUGUCUCCACAGAUUCCUAAGUGCACCACUCACUCUUUUUCCCUCAUCAAUUCUAUGAUUCACCUCAUCUUUCAUAGACCCAUCCGCUGACACGUCCACUCCUAAAUAUCUGAAUACAUUCACCUCCAUACUCUCUCCCUCCAAUCUGAUAUCCAGUCUUUCAUCACCUAAUCCCUUUGUUAUCCUCAUAACCUUACUCUUUCUUAUAUUCACUUUCAAUUUUCUUCUUUUACAUACCCUACCAAAUUCAUCCACCAACCUCUGCAACUUCUGUUCAGAAUCAUCCAAGAGCACAGUGUCAUCAGCAAAGAGCAACUGUUACAACUCCCACUUUGUGUUUGAUUCUUUAUCUUUUAACUCCACACCUCUUGCCAAGACCCUAGCAUUCACUUCUCUUACAACCCCAUCUAUAAAUAUAUUGAACAACCACGGUGACAUCACACAUCCUUGUCUAAGGCCUACUUUUUCUGGGAAAUAUUCUCCCUCUCUCCUACAUACUCUAACCUGAGCCUCACUAUCCUCAUAAAAACUCUUCACUGCUUUCAGUAACCUACCUCCUAUACCAUACACCUGCAACACCUGCCACAUUGACCCCCUAUCCACCCUGUCAUAUGCCUUUUCUAAAUCCAUAAAUGCCACAAAAUCCUCUUUACCCUUAUCUAAAUACUGUUCACCUAUAUGUUUCACUGUAAACACUUGGUCUACACACCCCCUACCUUUCCUAAAGCCUCCUUGUUCAUCUACUAUCCUACUCUCUGUCGUAUUCUUAAUUCUUUCAAUAAUAACUCUACCAUACACUUUACAGACUUAUUCCCCUAUAAUUUUUGCACUCUCUCUUAUCCUCUUUGCCUUUAUACAAAGGAACUAUGCAUGCUCUCUGCCAAUCUCUAGGUACCUUACCCUCUUCCGUACAUUUAUUAAAUAAUAGCACCAACCACUCCAAAACUAUAUUCCCUCCUGCUUUUAACAUUUCUAUCUUUAUCCCAUCAAUCCCUGCUGCCUUACCCCCUUUAAUUCUACCCACUGCCUCACGAACUUCUCCGCACACUCACAACUAGCUCUUCCUUACUCCUACAAGAUAUUAUUCCUCCUUGCCCUAUACAUAAAAUCACAGCUUCCCUAUCUUCAUCAACAUUUAACAAUUCCUCAAAAUAUUCCCUCCAUCUUCCCGAUACCUCUAACUCUUCAUUUAAUAACUCUCCUCUCCUAUUUUUAACUGUCAAAUCCAUUUGUUCCCUAGGCUUCCUCAACUUAUUAAUCUCACUCCAAAACUUUUUCUUAUUUUCAACAAAAUUUAUUGAUAACAUCUCACCCAUUCUCUCAUUUGCUCUCUUUUUACAUUGCUUCACCCUCUUCAAGGGGGGCUCCUUGGCAUGGUGAAGAAGCUCUUGGUCUGAGGAAUUAGACCUGUCGGUCUUCUUCCUCAGACCGAACCUAAUUACCCCCCAAUCCCCCGUUCCCUAUCCCAUCCUCCCCAUCCUCCCCUUUUUCCUUUCCUCCUCCUCCUCCUCCCCACCCCUCCCUUUUGCCCUUCCUUUUUUUUUUUUUUUUUUUUUUUUUUUCCCACAGGCAUGCUAGUUCCUAGGUAGGGGAAAGGGUACCGGGGUCCAUCCCAUUCCGUUGAGGUUCUUGGUGGUGGCGUAGUUUGCCGUGGAAUCUGGAUUGCCUGGGGAUGUCCUGAUCCCUCUCCGGUAUCCCGGAGGGUGGCUUUGGGUGUCUCUCGGGCGACGGGUGUAUCUCUGGAAGCCACCUUUCGGAUUCCGGGGGUGGUGGCCGAAGGAGGUAUGCUUUGUGGCGGAUUUCCGGCCGCCCUCUCUUUUGUCCACCGAGGUAGCUCGGCAGAUGUGAGAUUGCUAUCCCGGAUUGCCGGUUUACUGGCAUGAUGGGUAGGGUAUGGCACGGGUUCCAUGCUGCAUCUGCGCUACUUGCGGUGCUGAGGUCCUCUUGGGCACGGAGGGAGAUUUCUGGCCCUUUUAUUCCUCCUAGGAACUAUCCCUCCCCAGUCCCCCCUUUUUUUAUUCUUUUUUUUAUUUUUAUUUUCUUUUCUUUCUUUUUUUUUCUUAAAAACAAAAAGAAAGAAGUAACCUAACCAUGGCAGCCCUAGUCCAUGAACCUGCUACCCCCGGGCCCCUUCUUGAUACCGCACCCCGUUCUGACCCCGCCUCGUCUUUGGACCACUCUUCGGACACUCCUCAUGCCUCUGUACCUCUUGCCGGUGCUGUUUCCUCACCCGCAUCAGGAACUGAGGCCUCGACUGACUCCUUCAAUUUAUCUGACCUUCGCUCUCCUCUGACUAUGCUUCCGGACUCUCCCUCUACGGUGCGGCAAUUUUCGAAUCGCCGGCCCGUUCCACGUCGGACCAACUCUGGUCCCACGCCUAAACGA